AUGAAAGGACAAGGGAACCAAGUGACAAAUGUACCCAAAGAGCAACAGUUAGAGAGUGGAGGUGAUGAGUUAGCGGAGGUGUCAUGGCGUCACCAACAGCAACCAUCGUAUGCACCACCCAUCUCCUCAGCAGGCGAUCCCUACACCGCGGCAGGUUAUUAUGGCACAACUGCACUUCCUUAUCAAGCUUUUGGAGUUGGGGAUGGUACAUGGUCCACCAAUGGAACAGCCGACCCAAUGACAUUCCUCGGAGGAUACAAUCCUCACGAUUCUUAUGGAAUGGAUGGUAGC